UUUCAUACUCCCUGAAAUUGGUUGCAAAAUGCCUUUCAAAAAGAAGACAAAGGUAUCGCCCGAGCCUGAGGUCGACGAAGAGUCCAAUGAGUCAGCUCCAAAAGCCGGGGCUAACAGAGGGAUUUCCAAACUAGACUUGGUUAUGAGAAUGGUUGCGGCAAUUGGCACCCUUGGGAGUGCUCUUGCCGUGGGAACCGCCAACGGGUCUGGCCCGUUUUUCGCAGGGUUCUUUCGUUUUGGGGCGGGAUAUGAUGAUCUUCCUACAUUCACGUUUCUGGUGGUUACCAAUGCAAUAGUAUGCGGCUACCUGGUUCUUUCUCUCGUACUGUCCAUCUUCCAUAUUCUGAAGAGUUCUGCCCGAGUAACUAGAGUGAUUUUGAUCAUUUUGGACACGGUGAUGGUGGCAUAUCUGACGGGUGGAGCUUCCUCAGCAGCCGCCAUGGUGCAUUUGGCCCACAAGGGCAAUGGUGGGGCCAUCUGUCAGCAGCACAACUCCUUCUGCGACAGAGUUGCGGGGGCUUUGGUUGGUUCCUUCAUUGGAGUUGUCGUGCUCUUGCUCUUGAUUUCCAUGUCCGCCGUUGCUCUCUCUCGCCGUUAGUUCAAUUAUUCGUGUGGCACCAACCAACGGAUUCUCAUGGCUCAAAAAUCCGACCUGCUGCAGUGCUGGGGGUGACUUUUUCUGGGUCAUCCCUAA